CUUUUAUUCAUUUGAAACAAACAUGUGUUACGAUCGUUUGCAGUAUUGGUAGUAUGUCGCACAGUCUAUUUUCGUCAAAGGGUAUAACAUAAAAACGGACUUCAACCAAUGGAUUCUGAUAUUGGAUCUAUUCCUUUUUUGAUGAAAACACCAUCGUAUCAUAUUGAUGCAGUUUACAGCUGCUCUGCGAAUUCUUAAUUUUUUUCAUUAUUAACUUUGACAAGAUGUAAAUUUGAAUUCAUGUUCUUUUUAUCCCUAGCCGGAAAAUGGCGCCGACUCUAGCCUAUAUAAACGGCAGCGUCGCUACGCCUCGCUUACUGUGGACUCUUUCAUUUUGGUCAGCCUUCCGUUUGAGCACGGCAGAAACUCGAUUCAAACUCGACUGCGUGAGGAAAAGACGUUUGUUGCGCUGUAAAUAGUUGGCUGCAAUUUCAGUUGUCUUAAGAAAGUUUUGAAUUCAUCAUGUCUGGACGCGGGAAAGUCGGCAAGAAAAGUAAGGCUGUGUCGCGAAGCUCAAGGGCAGGUCUUCAGUUUCCCGUCGCUCGUAUUCACAGGUUUCUCAGGAAAGGUAAAUACGCACAACGCAUCGGCUCCGGUGCAGCGGUGUACAUGGCCGCCAUCUUGGAGUAUCUGACGGCUGAGAUCCUGGAGUUGGCUGGCAACGCAGCACGGGACAAUAAGAAGGCUCGCAUCAUCCCUCGCCAUGUCCAAUUGGCUAUCCGUAACGACGAGGAGUUGAACAAGCUGCUUAGCCACGUGACCAUUGCCCAGGGUGGUGUGAUGCCCAAUAUCCAGGCCGUACUGCUUCCCAAGAAGACCGGCAAGAACAAAGGCCCACCCAGUCAGAGCGUAGAAUUCUGAGAGGAAAAUCUUCAGCACCAGACUAAAAUCUAGAACUCAAUCAAUGAACUUUUAAGGGUCUUGAAAUCAAAUUGCAUUUCGGAUGUUUUCGAGCUUCAAAGUCAUUUUCGACGUAUUUCCAUGCGCGAUUAAUGAAAAACUCGGGUUCAUUUUGAACCACAAAUCUGGAAUUAGCUGCACCUAUUUUAGACAACACAUAAAUGAAGAAGAAAAAUCGAGAAAAUUGAAAGAAAAACGUCUACUAUAUCUGCUUUUUACCACGAAAUCAUGUCCACAGCCUUAUUUAAUUCCACAAAACGGCAUUACCAUUUUGAAAACCAUUUGUAAUUGUAUUUAAUGUUCAUCUUUAUUUAAGACAGUUUUAUCAGUAUAUAUAAGUGUUAAAUGCCUUCCCCGAUGUUGAAUGUAAAUUUUUAAUGUGCAAAUAAAUUAAUUGUAAAUUA